GAUCCCGCUGCGCUCGCCAGCCAAUCGCGUGCGGGCUGGACUUGGUCCGCCAACCACCCCUUCGUCUGGCCGAGGCCGACACCGAUCCUCCUGCACCCCAUCCAAUCCAACAGGCCGCACGCACACCUCACCCAAACAGCAUGACCAAGGGCAUCGGCUGGGACUUGGACGCCUUCAUCAGCCAGCUCUACAACCAGAAGCUGCUGUCGGAGCACGCCGUCAAGCUCGUCUGCGAAAAGGCCAAGGAGGUGCUUAUCAAGGAGGGCAAUGUCCGAUACGUCUCGACACCGGUCACUCUCGUCGGCGACGUUCAUGGCCAAUUCCAUGAUGUCCUCGAGAUCUUCAAGAUCGGCGGCUACUGUCCCGAUACCAACUAUGUGUUCCUGGGUGACUAUGUUGACCGUGGCCACCAUUCGAUCGAGACCAUCACGCUCCUGACUUGUCUAAAGCUUCGAUAUCCCGAACGAGUCACCCUCGUCCGCGGCAACCACGAAAGCCGGACCGUUACCCAGCAAUACGGAUUCUAUGCCGAGUGCCAUCAAAAGUACGGCAACGCCAACGUGUGGACCUACUUUACCGAUCUCUUUGAUUACCUGGUCCUCUCCGUGGUCAUCGAUGAUGCGAUAUUCUGCGUUCACGGAGGGCUGAGUCCGUCGCUGCACUCGAUUGAUCAAAUCAAAGUGAUUGACCGAUUCCGAGAAAUCCCACACGAAGGGCCUAUGGCGGAUCUCGUUUGGUCGGAUCCGGCGCAGCCCAACGCCAUCCUGGCCGGUCCCCACACCCUUGAUGAGCGCGGGGAUUUUGCAGUCUCGCCGCGCGGAGCAGGCUACACCUUUGGCAAAGAAGUCACCCGGCGGUUCCUGCAAAUCAAUGGACUCGGGCACAUCUGCCGUGCACAUCAACUGUGCAUGGAGGGCUACCAGAUAUUGUUUGACGACAUGCUUUCGACCGUUUGGUCGGCGCCAAACUACUGCUACCGAUCCGGCAACAUGGCUUCGAUCCUCGAAAUCACUCCCGGGCUGGAGCGGUACUUCAAUGUCUUUGGGCCGUGUCCUGACCAGGAGCGCGAGGCUCGCGAGACGAUCACAGACGACGAUGACUCGGCGUGCAGCGACGAGCCGGGCGACGGCUUUCCUCAGCAGACACAGCCGCUCAAGCCCAAGAAGAAACGCGGUCUCAUCAAGCCGGCACCAAAGAAUGACGACGAUCCCUCUGUUGCCCAGAAUCCAAUCAUCACCCAAUAUUUCAUGUAAUCGACUCCAGCGGCCUGGAAGAUGAAGAGAAAGAGAGGCGAAGCCGGUGGCGCGCUCAUGGUCAUGACCAGGGUCAUGAGACGAUGGUUUUCAUAUGCCCACGGCCGCGCUGGAGCGGCAUGACCCGCGCGGUGCAUGCAAGCGCAUGUGGCUCCCAUGUCCGACAUGGCGCAACACCGGGGGCGAUACCGCUGCAAGCCAAGGCGGCAUGUCGGACAUGAUGCCAUGACAUACCGCGAUUGCAUUGUCGGCACGGGAAGGAUGAUGCGCGACAUCGGGGCGAGGGCCACCCGCCCACUCACGACGAGAAUAUAUCCAAGGGACUGAGUCUGGAC